GAAUGGCUGAAGACAAUCCAUACGGAGGGACUGGACAAAUCUUUCAUUUGAAUACUUUAUCACAUACAAUGUUUAACACAGAAUUAUUUCCACCUGAGAUGCCACUGUCAACAGAUGGCCCAUUCCUUCAAAUAUUAGAACAACCUAAACAGAGAGGAUUUCGUUUCCGUUAUGUAUGUGAAGGCCCCUCCCACGGCGGACUUCCAGGCGCAUCUAGUGAGAAGAACAAAAAGUCCUAUCCCCAAGUCAAAAUUUGCAACUACGUGGGACCUGCCAAGGUGAUUGUUCAGCUGGUCACAAAUGGGAAAAAUAUCCACCUGCAUGCGCACAGCCUGGUGGGAAAGCACUGCGAAGACGGCAUCUGCACGGUGACGGCAGGCCCAAAGGACAUGGUCGUGGGCUUUGCAAACCUGGGAAUCCUUCAUGUGACAAAGAAAAAAGUAUUUGAAACACUGGAAGCGCGAAUGACAGAUGCAUGCAUAAGGGGCUACAACCCUGGCCUGUUGGUGCAUCCUGAGCUGGCCUACCUGCAAGCAGAAGGUGGAGGAGACCGGCAGCUUACAGAUGGGGAGAAGGAGCUUAUCCGCCAGGCCGCCCUCCAGCAGACCAAGGAGAUGGAUCUGAGCGUGGUGCGCCUCAUGUUCACAGCUUUCCUUCCGGACAGCACGGGCAGCUUCACCCGGCGCCUGGAACCCGUGAUCUCAGACGCCAUCUACGACAGCAAAGCCCCCAAUGCAUCCAACUUGAAGAUUGUAAGGAUGGACAGGACGGCCGGAUGUGUCACCGGAGGGGAAGAGAUCUAUCUCCUCUGUGACAAAGUUCAGAAAGAUGACAUCCAGAUUCGAUUUUAUGAAGAGGAGGAAAACGGUGGAGUCUGGGAGGGAUUUGGAGAUUUUUCUCCCACAGAUGUUCAUAGACAAUUUGCUAUUGUCUUCAAAACUCCAAAGUAUAAAGAUGUGAACAUCACAAAACCAGCUUCUGUGUUUGUCCAACUUCGAAGGAAAUCUGACCUGGAAACUAGUGAACCCAAACCUUUUCUCUACUACCCUGAAAUCAAAGAUAAAGAGGAAGUGCAGAGGAAGCGGCAGAAGCUCAUGCCCAACUUUUCGGAUAGUUUCGGUGGUGGCAGUGCGGGAGCUGGAGGCAGAGGCAUGUUUGGGACAGGAGGUGGAGGAGGAAGUUCUGGAAGCCCCGGUCCAGGGUAUGGCUUUCCACAUUACGGAUUUCCCACGUAUGGAGGGAUUACCUUUCAUCCUGGAUCCACCAAAUCCAGUGCUGGGAUGAACCAUGGAACCAUAAACACUGAAUAUAAAGACAGAUCUGAAGGUGAUGGCAAGUGUGAGGACAGAGAGACUGCACAUGUCCCUGGGAAAGAAAGUGAAAUCCCAGAACAAGAUAAUGAGCCGGGCAAAUCCAGAAGCAGCAAUGAUGGGGUUACUCUGGCCGACUUGGUGGGAACAAAGGAAGAGGAUACUGGUGGGUUUCAAGAUCAUCUCUUCCUGGAGAAGGCGAUGCAGUUGGCCAAGCGGCAUGCCAAUGCUCUCUUCAACUACGCGGUGACGGGAGAUGUAAAGAUGCUGCUAGCUGUCCAGCGCCAUCUGACCACAGUGCAGGAUGAGAAUGGGGACAGUGUCUUACAUUUAGCCAUCAUCCACCUCCAUGUCCAGCUUGUAAGGGAUCUGCUAGCAGUUACAUCUGGCUUGAUUUCUGAUGACAUUAUCAACAUGAGAAACGACCUGUACCAGACCCCCUUGCACUUGGCAGUGAUCACUAAGCAGGAAGAUGUGGUGGAGGACUUGCUGAGGGCCGGGGCUGACCUGAGCCUUCUGGACCGUCUGGGUAACUCUGUCUUGCACCUAGCCGCCAAAGAAGGACAUGAUCAAAUUCUCAAUAUCUUACUCAAGCACAAGAAGGCAGCUCCUCUUAUUGACCACCCCAAUGGGGAAGGUCUGAACGCCAUUCACAUAGCCGUGCUGAGCAACAGCCUGCCGUGUCUUCUGUUGCUGGUGGCGGCGGGAGCGGACGUCAACGCUCCCGAGCAGAAGGCUGGGCGCACAGCGCUGCACCUGGCUGUGGAACAGGACAACAUCUCCUUGGCGGGCUGCCUGCUCCUGGAGGGCGAUGCCCACGUGGAUAGCACCACCUUCGAUGGAACUACACCCCUGCACAUAGCAGCUGGGAGAGGCUCCACCAGGCUGGCAGCGCUCCUCAAAGCAGCAGGAGCAGACCCCCUGGUAGAGAACUUUGAGCCUCUCUAUGAUCCGGAUGACUCCUGGGAGAAGGCUGGAGAGGACGAGGGAGUCGUGCCCGGAACCACACCUCUAGAUAUGGCUGCCAACUGGCAGGUCUUUGAGAUAUUAAAUGGGAAACCCUAUGAGCCAGAGGUCACCGCUGAUGAUUUGCCGCCACAAGGAGACAUGAAACAGCUGGCUGAAAAUGCAAAGCUGCAGCUCUACAAGUUGCUGGAAAUUCCUGAUCCAGACAAAAACUGGGCUACGCUGGCACAGAAGCUGGGGCUGGGGAUCCUUAACAACGCCUUCAGGCUGAGCCCCGCCCCUUCAAAAACACUGAUGGACAACUACGAGGUCUCUGGAGGGACCGUCAGAGAGCUGGUGGAGGCCCUGCAGCAGAUGGGCUACACGGAGGCCAUUGAGGUGAUCCAGGCGGCUCUCUGUACCUCAGCGACCCCAGCCUCCAGCCCUGUGAAGCCCACCAGUCAGGCCCACAUGCUGCCUCCCUCGCCUUCCUCUGUGAGACGGCACAUAGAUGAGCUCCAGGACGACAGCAUCUGUGACAGCGGAGUGGAGACGUCCUUCUACAAACUCAGCUUCACAGAAUCUCUGACCAGCGGCGGUGGCUCGUUGCUAACUCUGAACAAAAUUCCCCACGAAUACCGACAGGAAGGACCCAUCGAGGGCAAAAUUUAACCCACCGGCCAUUUCCCUCACGGGUAAACCAAAGCCCUAAAAUGUCACUCUUAUCAUCCCAAAGAAGGAAGGGAAAGUGCAUCCAGAGGUGCUCGAGAGGAGCAGACCCACUGCCCGGAUCAUUCUGGAUUUCAUUCAUGGUCUUCUACACUUGGCUUCCUUCCAUGAAUUGUAGUGGUUUCACGUACAGAUAGAAUCUAACCAUCACAGCCCGCGGCUGAGCUGCAGCUGCAUGGAGGUGAGGUCGCUUCCUGAGCUUUUCCAGAUGCUUCGGGGAUUCCAGCUGUUUUCUGUUGCUGCACCUGCUGCUCCAUCCCAUUGUCAUUCAGAGGUAUCCUGUCCCUACCUGGAUUCUUUCUCACCAUCCACAGCACUCAGUUAUACAUUCAGAAUAAUGAGAGAGAGAGAGAGAGAGAAAUAGUUUAAAAUCAAAGUCACUGGCGUGCAAUUUUUUUUUAAAAAAAAAGGCUUAUUGCUUUUUCUAAUGUGCUUGCCACUGGGAUUUGAGAAACAUGGACUUAGCGAUAUUUAAACGUGGCUACAAUCAGUGCUGAAAAUGGUAUUUUCCCCUUUUUCUGCAUUUUUUGCUAUUGUAAAUAUUUUUUUAGAUCAAAUACUUUAAGGGAAAAAAUGUUGG